GCGUCAUUUGAAUUUUUGGUUUUUCUCCCGCUUAAAAGAUGUCCCAGGAAAUCCGCGUUUUACAAUGCAUCCAAUGCAAAAUGUACCAGGUGGACAUUGUAAAGAAGGCGAACAAAUGGCAGUGUAAAAUUUGCCGGCAAAAGCAGAAUCUGCUAAAGGAGCUCUUCAGGGGAUCAGGACCAGAAUGCCGUGCCAAGGUGCAGCAGCUAAACUUGCAGCGUGGAAUGCAGGAGGAAAAACUGGAGGAGGACCUAUUCCUCAAAGCCCAGGAGCAGGUGGACCAAAAGGAGAACAGUCUUGAAAAACAGAACACUCCAACUCUGAAGAAGACGAACAAGUGGGCAGACUAUGUGGACGAACCCAUUGAAAUCCCCCACAAAACUACAGCACUAACUCCAGAGAUAGAGGAUGAAAGGCAGGAGGAACUUUCCAUGAACUUUAAUAAACCCAGGAACAAGGUAUCAAGAUCCAAUAAACGUCCUGCUCAAACUCUGCCUGCUGUUAAUAAGAAAAGCUGCUCGAAGUGGAACAAUUUCGUGUAAUCAUCUUUAAAAAAUAAAAACGAUAUUUCGCUUCUAACAUUACUUAUUUUGUAAGGCAUCGUUAUCAUCAUAAAUCAUAAAUUAUCAUCAUAAAAACCUCCCUAAUAUCAAAGAUCCUAAAAGGAGUGAUGAUUUCCAAACUAAUAAAUGGAUAAAACAUUUCUUUAUUUCAAUAAAAAUAGUUUGAUCGUUAUA